AAUUAAGGUACGAAGAAAUUUCAAAAGUUUUGGAACUAUGCGUCAGCCCUCUCAACAGCGACGCAAUCAAUGCUAUUUCACCGGUAUUGCAUAAGACAGUCUCUUUCACCAUCCGGCGUGAUAUUUAUAAUCCAAAUUUUCUGCCUUUUCGCUAAAGGUUUUGCCUGAUUUGUAUUCAUUCUUAGUGUAAUUGAGCAGCGGAAGAGUAGCUGCCGCUCUUUAAAUUUAUUUCCGAGCGAAGGUUAGUUAUGCUCAUACAUACAGGUAGGUGUAUAGAAAUCGAUUGAUUUUUUUCCAAAACAUUUCCAUAUCUGUACUGUGACGUAUGUACAUGCAUUUUAUUGCACCACCAACAACAACAAACAGCAUUAUACUUAAAACAACAAAAGCAAACAGAAAGAGGGGCACGUACUAUUUAGCUGAGUGCAUUGCGAGUGCAUAUCUACCAGCUUAGCUGCGCUGAGAGCAUGACGAAGUUACUUUUAAAGGAAAAUAAAAAAUUAAAGCAAAGCAAAUAUCGCACAUUGAACGAAACUAUGCAAAAACAGCAAAAAACAGGAACUCUUAUCUGCUCUGCAGCCUACAUACCGCUACCCCCAUGCCCCCUUGGCUGCGCCUACCACACUACACACUACACACAAUGCCAACAACACGCUGACGCCACACCAGCCCCUUAGCCGACGAGCCACGCUACACGAGUGGUGAAUGACUUGUUAGACAAGCCAGCAGCUGUCAAAUACAACAAUGAAAAAGCGCAAAUUCUUUGCAGCUACCGUUUUGGAGGUGUGUGCGCGGCGCGACUGCUGCGAGUAAUCGUAUGCAUACACGAAGGAAUGGGAGAGGGCGUGGACGAUGCUGAGCGCGCUCGUGAGCAAAAUAACAGGCGCACGCGAUUUACACCAACUAACUUAUAUACAUACAGUUAUGUGUGUGUGCCAUGCACCAGAUGCGUUCGCACUCACACCAAUACGCAUUAAAGGCGGCAUAUUAAGGUGUGUGCGUGCGUGCGCUACAAUGCCGUGGCGCGGAUUGGAACCGGCACUACAAUGGUUAGCGGAUACGAGUUUUUAUAUUUCAUGUGAGAGGUGAAUUUUUUAGCAUUUACUUGUAAGCAUUCGCGCGGUACAGAAACAAAGUUCGAUUUACGCGCUUAGCUGGAAAUUAGUGGAAAAGAGCAAAUUUAUAUAACAAGACAUACUCGAACAAACGUACUUGGUAAAACACAUUUAUGUAGAAACAUACAUACAUAUACAUAUAUAUGUACAUAUAUUUAUGUAUAUAAAGCGGAAAUAAAGCAAAAGUGUCAAGCAAAGCAAAGCGCCGCAGGAAGUGCAUUGAAACUGUGUGGCAGAGCAUAUCAGGAUACUAACGGCAAUAUUGAGCAAUAAGUACACCGGAAUUAGUGCAUAACCGUACUGGAUAGUUGUAUUGUAUAUUCAUAUAUAUAUGUAUAGUUAAAUUAACAGUGGCAGCGAAAAAACGAACAAUAAAGCUAGUCAGUGAGAAAUCUGCAGGUGCUGCGUAAUAAUUAGAGAGAAAGUUAUAAACAAAACUGAACAGAUAGGCAAUCAGAAAGUCGAAAAAGUCUAAAACAGCUAUAAAAUUGCAGUAAACUAUACAUUUUGGCGCAGAACUCCAAACACCUGUAUCUGAAAACAGCAGAAACGAACCCGGCAUUGUUGCCAAAAAUAUAUUUUUUGAGAAAUACGCCAAUAUCAAGGACAAAAAGGCAACAAUAAUAGCAACAUGAACUAUGAAUAAAAACUGAGGCAACAACGUCAAUGUCACGGCAUAACGGAGCAUGCGUCAACAUUUGUCAUUGCCGAAGUGUGGGUGUUAUUGAAGCGUCAGGACUCAGUACGGCACGAAGUCGUAAGUAACCUGGUCAUACGUUAAAGUGAAAACGUGGGUGGCCAGCAUUUUUUGAAAAACGAACACCCGAACGGUAAGUAGCACGUAGGGAGCAGUAAACAGCGAGCGUCAGGAGCACAAAGUCCAAAACGACGAAUCUGCAUUUAACUGUUCGACGAGUAGCAGCAAGCAACGACAGAAAAGUGCAGUAUUUUUAUGGUUAAUCAUUACAUAUAACUGUGACAAUAACAUUCGAAGGACAUUGAGUGCGUAGUCAUAAAAACGUGGGAAUUUAAAACAUAUACACACAAUUUAAUAAGAAAUAAGCUGAACUUUUAUGAGAUUUAUGCAAGUGAAAGUGAGCUUAAAACCUUCUAAACUUGUGAAACAAAAUUGUUUGCCACUCGCCCGUUACUAAAUUAAAAAAACUCAUUUCAUCAUUCCACAACUCGAAAUAAUUGUAGUCAGAGUAUUACCAAUAAACCGAAGACAGCUGGCGAUAUCCUCGUACAUUUACAGAAUUGAAAAUCAACAAAAGGAAUAUCAUUUAACCAGGAUUACUACUGCUAUAUUACAACAACAAGCAAUUAAUUCGUUCAACCACGAAAAGAUUACCAUAAAAGUGUUAAAUAAUCAAAUAUGUCGACGACAUCAACGGAAAACGCGCCUGCUAAAGUAGGCGUUAAAGAGGAGAGCGCCCACCUGCUGGAGGCAUCUGACACCGGUGAAAAAUAUGGCUCGAACAAAGCGGACCAAGAGAAUUUACUCGGCAGCAGCAUGGUACACGGAGCAAGUCAGACCAACUCCAAGACACUUCCGCAAUAUGUGGCCGCUUUAUCGGCUGCUGGGGGUGCCUUCGCCGCUGGUACCCUGCUCGGUUGGACCUCACCGGCAGAGGUACAAAUUUACAAUGGCGCUUACGAUUUCCCCAUAAGCAAUGGCGAAUUCUCCUGGGUCGGUUCCGCCAUGACAUUAGGUGCGGCUUGCGUUUGUAUACCCAUCGGUAUACUCAUUAAUUUGAUUGGGCGUAAGCUGGCUAUGUUACUGCUGGUAAUACCGUUCACCAUCGGAUGGGCUAUGCUGAUCUGGGCGCAAAAUGUUGCCAUGAUGUAUGCUGCUCGUUUCCUGUUGGGUAUUGCUGGCGGAGCUUUCUGCGUAGCCGCACCUAUGUACACUGGUGAGAUAGCGCAAAAGGAAAUUCGUGGCACGCUUGGCAGCUUCUUUCAACUUAUGAUAACGGCUGGUAUAUUGUUUGUGUAUGCUAUUGGAGCUGGUCUCAACGUCAUGUGGAUGAGCAUUGUUUGCGGUAUGAUCCCGUUGGUCUUCGGUAUCAUUUUCGUCUUCAUGCCCGAGUCGCCAACAUACUUGAUCAUUAAGAACAAGGAUGAAGACGCUGUCAAAUCCAUUCAAUGGCUACGUGGCAAGGACUAUGAAUACAGGGCAGAAAUCGAAGAAUUACGUGAAACCCAAGAAAAGAUCAAGCAAAAUCAAGUAUCAUGGAUGGAAGGUCUGUCACGUCCCGUCACACGCAAGGCAUUGUUUAUCAGUUUGGGUCUCAUGUUCUUCCAGCAAUUGAGCGGUAUCAACGCUGUCAUCUUCUACUCGGCAAAAAUUUUCGAAGACGCAAACACCGGCAUUGACGCGAAUCUCUCCACCAUUGUCGUUGGCAUCAUGCAAUUCAUUGCUACUUUUGUAUCGACAAUUGUUGUUGACAAACUCGGACGCCGUCUAUUGCUGCUCACCUCUUCCAUCAUUAUGGCGAUAUCCACCAUCUCCAUGGGUGUCUACUUCUACUUGCAGAAACAGGAUGCUGACUCAGUUACCAAUAUCGGCUGGUUGCCCGUCGUUAGCUUGUGCGUCUUCAUUGUGCUUUUCUCAAUCGGUUUUGGCCCGGUGCCAUGGUUGAUGAUGGGCGAAGUGUUUGCUGCUGACAUUAAAGGCGUGGCUGGUUCCAUUGCCGGCACAACCAAUUGGGUUUUGGCCUUUGUUGUAACAAAGACCUUUGUGAAUUUGACCGAUUCCCUUGGCAAAGGCGAGACCUUCUGGCUCUUCUCGGGCAUUACAAUCGUCGGUGUAUUCUUCGUCUACUUUAUUGUGCCCGAAACCAAGGGCAAGAGUUUGAACGAGAUUCAAGCCGAGUUGGAGGGCAAAAGUGCGAGCACAGCGCCAGCCGCAGUCAACGGCGCUGUUUAAAUGAGAGCGGGAGAGAGCGAAAAAAAGAUGUAAAUGGUAAAUAGAAGCUGUGCAUAAAUUAAAGCUGCAAGACAACACAGGAGGCGGAGGAGUUAUCGUUUCUAUUUUCUUAUAAAACGAAAAAUUGUGUCUGCGGGCAGUCGACGCUUGCGCGUUGGACUUUGGAAAUAUACGUUGCAUGUAUUAAUGCUUUUCUAAUUUGAUUUUAUUAUUUUUUUUUUAGAAAAGUAUUGCAUAAUUUUAGCUAAUAACAAUACAUAUACCGCAUGAUACAUGUUCACAUACAUACAUAUAUAUAUAGACUCUAGUACUAAGCGUUAAAUCUAAGCAAAAAUACGAGAAGGCAGGAAAAGCAGCUAUUUAUUAAAAAACAAAAAGAAAUCUGCAAUAUUUCGCUUUUCCUUUGCCUUUACUAAUUCUGCAACAAAGAAAUUAUAAUUUAAUUAUGUGUGUAAGAAUUGUAAUUGUUAUUAUUUUAAUGUGUUAUCUACCGUAAAUUGCAUAUAUUCACAUUUUAUAUAAUUUUUUGUUGUGUUACCAACUCAUAAUGUUUAAAAAUAUUUAUAUACACACAUGCAUACGCAUUUGUGAGUGAAACUUUAGUAUGUUUGUUUUGUUUAAACUCAAAAUAAUUUAUUAUACUCACUUGUGUCUAAGAAAAUGCAAUUCUAUGUAAAAGUUUUUUUGGCAUCUAAUGUAUUGUACAUAAGCCAUUUUUAUUUCAUAAAAAUACAAAUAAACUUUUAAAAUUAAUUUUGUAAAAAAAUAAUAAAAAAUAUAUAUAUUUUUGCUUAUUUAAAAAAAUAGAGACAUUUUUAAAAACAUGAACAAAGUUGUAAUUUCAAACAAAAUUAAUUUUUUUUUAAUAUUUUAUUUGCUAUGAAAUUGAUAUUUAUAAAGAAAAAAAAAUCAAAAAGAUAAAAAAAAAUAUUGUUUAAAAUAUAAUUUAAAAAUAUGUUUUAAAGCAAAAAUUGUAAUUAAUAUAUCUUUAUUAUGCGGAAAAUUUCAUCACGAAAAUUAAACACGAACAGCAGAUAUAAUAAAAAAAAAUCAUAUUAUAUAUGCUUAAAAAGUUUAAAUUUUGAAAUUAAAAAUGAAAUAAACAUAAUUUAACAUAACUUUUUUUCAAUCAAAAUAAUAUUUUUUUUCUGAAAAAAUGUUUAAUAAUUUUUAAAAAAUAAUAAUGAUAAUAAUUAAUAUGUUUUUCUUUUUUUUCAUAAUUUAUAUAAAUUUUCUUUUGUGAAAAAUCAAUUUUGUUAAAAAAAAACUUUUUGUGUCAAUAUAAAAAAUAGUUUUAAAGAAAUGCAGGCAGUAAAGAUGACAUAAAUAAAACUAACAGAGAAGACUGAAGGUCAAAAGAAUAUCCUAAAGAAUAUACAGUUAUAAUCAAAUGCAUGAAAUGUUGAAAAAUCAUGUUGUAAAAGUGUAAGAUGUUUUCAGAGUUAAGUUAAGAGGUUAAAAAGAAAAUGGGUGCUGCAAUAAGCAGGCAGCCUAAGAAAGAAGCGUUUGUUAAUGUGCGUGUGUGUAAAGUAAGCUAGGUUUGUUGGUAAAAAAAUCAUUCAGUUUAUAGUAUCGAGGUUUGAACAAAUAUUAGCAGCAUACCACCAACCAAGCAUAUUAGAGUUUACACAAACAAUACAUUAUAUAAAAGUAAAAAAUAAUAAUAAUUACACAAGACACCACGAACUAACUGUAAAGUAGUAGAAAGCAUAAAAUCGCAUUUAAAAUAAACAAAAAUAAAACCAUUUACACAUUCUAA